CUUAUCCAAUAGGAGGCUUGUACCUAUUUGCUUAGUUAAAUCCAGGUGGCGACGUUUUUUUGGCCAGGCAGUGUAUUGUGCUUUUUGAUUUUACACGACAAGUCCAACAUAUCAAGCCUUAUCACCUGCAAGUGUCUGUAAAAAAAAAAAAAAGGUAAUAAUUAAUCAGCUAUAGUAAAUGCAGUAUUUAAGGUUUGGGUGAAGUGAACCCACAAAGCUGAUCUGUAGAGACUGAGCACAGAGAUCAAAAUGUUUUUCCGAGCAUUGCUGCUAAUCUGCUCUCUUUCCAGCGCUCAGCUGCAUGCUGCCGCCGAAAAUGAAAUCAGACAAACUGGAUCACAGGAAGGAGACGCAGAAAAUCUUUCAAAUAAUCAACAAACCUUUACGCAGGACAUCAACGCUGUGCUGAGAGAGAUGAGCGCCUCACUGGCUGGACUGAAGGUGGAGCUCAGGUGCUUACAGAAAGAUCAUGAUGCGAAGGUGAGCGAACUGGAGUUGCAAAAGACUGAGGUGGAAAAGUUGAAACAACAGUACCAAGGUAUUUAUUACAAAAGCCUUCAUGAGUAAAAGUUAGACAUCAGAGGUAAAAUCCAUUUUGUUUAACAUAAGCAUGACUCCUGUCUAGGUUUUUUAAUUGAUAAUUAUUAAUUUUAUUCUAAAUUUAUCGGAGAUACAAUUGCAAGUACAAAAGUACAAGUGUAUCUAUGGAACAUGUGUAAUAACAACAGCUUCAAAUAGUAAAAGACUAAAGGCCGAUUUUAACUUCUAUCUGUUAAAAUCUUCACUGACAGGGAGAAUAGAUUAAAACUAUUAUUUAACCGUGCUGGCAUGAAAAUUCAAUUAUGUAUUAAACAAUUCCUCAAAUAAGAGUUAAUGAAUUUUAGAAUCGUUUCACACAGUAAGCCUCCCAGGAAUAUGGUGGAACGUGAGCUGGCUUUGCUGUUGCCUGGCAACAUAGCAUACAUGACAUUAUUCCACUGAUGUAAUCUGAUGAUGCCAAAGUGUUAUGAUGUCAUAAGGGACAAGGCAUCUGUCCCUUAUGACAUCACAAGGAACAGAUGCCUUGAAUAUCCAGCGUCUGAAUCAAACUUGCAGAAGUCAAGCAGCAGCAGCUCGGACGUUGGGUUUUCCAUAUUGGAUUGAACAGUGCAUUUUUUCGUAGCUUUUGUGAUACAGCCAAAAUGCCGCCAAUUAACACUUAUUUUUUAACAGAAUGCGAAAUUAAAGAAAUGAGUAGAGAUGAAUUGAUCGUCGUGAUUCUGGAUUUCAUACAAAGGUUUAAAAAAAUAGCUAAGAAGCAUCGGAGUGGAACCGCAGUGGAGGAAGAGUUGCAAGCAGCUCAGGAAGAAAUUGUGCAUCUAAAUCAGAACAUUGGUUCACUCAAGAAAAAGCUAGACGAGUCUCACAGACAAAACAAAAACCUGAUCUGUAAGACAAUCCCAAAGUUACAAAGAGAGAUAAAGAACCAGAGGUCCCACAGGAAUCAGUUGUUGAUUGAGAAUAAAAACUACCAAACUAAAUUCAAAAGCCUUCACACCUGUUUAAAUAACCUCGCGGACUCAAAACUGCAGCUUGAGAGGACGUUGGCAGAAAAAAGAGAAGCGAUGUCUCAACUCACAGCCUACAGAAUGGAUGUUGAAAAGCAGGAAAAUGAAGUGGAGAAACUUCAGUUUGAAUUGUACAAAAAGAACAACUAUGUUGACCAGAAGAAUAUUGAAAUUAAGAGAGAAAAAGAAAAGUCCAGAAGUCUUGAGGUCAAGAUAAAAGAUCUGGAAAAGCAGUUGAAUGAGGCAAAGAAUCAAAUGAAAAUUCCUGGGAAUAGGCUUUCAAAAACUCUGGUGGGAGAUGCAUAUAAGUAUGAACCAAGUGCCACGUUUUCUGACACCGUAUUAUUUCAGAAAAAAGUGCAAAACAGGGUAUUAGCAACAUAUGAGAAGGCAAGAGCUAUCCAGGAGGAAGAACCUUUGAAGAAGCAGGCCGAGAGCCACUCAACGCUCUCAGCCUUAAAACAGCAAGAAAGCGUAAAACUACAGGAAGAAGACUUACGACAACAGCAAGAAGCCAUGGGUAAAGAAAGAAGUUUUCACCGCACAGAAUUUGAUUGUAAAAGGCUGAAGGAGGAAAUUCAGUCCUUAAAUGGUCAGAUACAGGCACUGACUCAAAGCAGGCAUAGGGACCAAGAGUGCAUUAAAAAUCUCACUAAACAAGUGAAUACGAUGAAAACGAAGUAUUACAGGGAGAAGAAGGAAUAUGAGGAUUUAAAUAAAUCCAUAAAGAGGAAAGAGACAAAGGUACAAGGUAAUAUUGCUGCGGAAAUACCUAACAAUGAAACACAGACCAACGAUCAGCAAGCCAAACGUCUACCAUCUAUUGACGGAAAGUCAGUUUGUGGAACCUUGCCUCUGGGUGGAGGCAGGUUAAAUCCAGAAUUGAAAGAAGAGAAACUGAUAACAAUAGAAAAGUUAAACCUUAGCCCAAUACCGCCCAGCAAAAAGAAGCUUGAAAUGCCAUCAUUUGCACUUUCAGGCAGGAAGAUUGUCCUCAGAGAACCUGAGCAGAGAAAAAACAGUGGUCCAUCAGGCAGGCGUGCCACAGUUGAUGGGAACGUUAAAGUUCCCUCAUUAGAGGUUAAAGGCAACAAGCCAUUAUGAGGUGCAUUUGUGAGCAUCACAUACAAGAGGCGUAUACACCUUGGGGCUGGGAUGCCUGAUAUGCAUCCCGUCUCUUUAAAUGCAAAGGUUUUCUCCGGGUGCUCCGGUUUUUCCUACCUUCGGGGAAAAAGUGAUUGGACUAAUUGGUUUCUUUUAAAUUUACCUUAGUCUCUCACUCACUAACAUUAGGAGACAUUCUUUAAAUGGACACACUUUAAACUCAAUGCAUAGGUUUUCUCCGGGUGCUCCGGUUUUUCCUACCUUCGGGGAAAAAGUGAUUAGACUAAUUGAUGUCUUUUAAAUUUAGCUCUGUGUCUCACUCACUGACUGUUAGAGAUACAAAUAUGAACUUAUCUAGUUCAGAUUCUUAAUGCGUUUCUUUUUAGCACACACUCCUUACAUGGCCUCAUAAAAUGGCUUCCAGUCCUAAUGUUUCUAUAUUUUCUGUUUUCUUAGUCGUCUUAAUUUUGAACAGGUCAUAGAAUAUGAUCAGUCUCUCUAAGCUGGAGUGUCUUCCUGUUAAAAGGGAGUUGUUCCUCUCUACUUGGCUGCUCAGGAUGAGGGACGGUAACAACUAUCAAUUGGAUAAUUGGAUGAAUGGAUUGAUGACU